UUUUAGCUGAGCAUAAACUGCAACUUGAUCUCAAGCCUAGUGAAGAACCAUGGGGGGGUUCACUCCUGCCUCUAGCCAUGCGUGUGAAAGAGUUCCCAGUCACUGAGUGCGCCGAGGAUACGAGCUAGAGAAGAGGAUCACAGAGAGACAGCAGCUAUACAGAGAUCAAGAAGCAAUGGGAGUUUGAUAAUACAUUAAUAAAGUGACAAUCGUAGGCUACCGAAAGUAUUUUGUAUGGUCGUUUUCUAAUUAUUGUUUAAGUUCGUUUGAGAUGCAAGCAAUGGAUCCAAUAACGAAGUGGACACCAAAGCAAGUUGUCGACUGGAUGAAAGGCUUGGAUGACAGCCUGCAGCAGUAUGUACCUAACUUUGAGCGGGAGAAGAUCAGCGGGGAGCAGCUCCUGAAGAUCUCCCAUCAGGACCUGGAGGAGCUGGGUGUGGCCCGCAUCGGACACCAGGAACUGGUGCUGGAGUCCGUCGACCUGCUCUGUGCUCUGAACUACGGAGUGGAGACCGACAACCUAAAGGAUCUGGUGGUGAGGAUGAGAGCGGCCACCAACGGCCUGCACAUGUCCACAUCAGACCACAGGAAGAGCCCGACGUACGACGGCAGCACUUCCCGGAAACCUCCCAAUAACUUCCUAACCUCUGUAGUGGAGCUUAUCGGAGCAGCCAAGAGCCUCCUGGCCUGGCUGGACAGUACGCCCCUGACUGGGAUCAGUGACUUCACCACCACCAAGAAUAAGAUCAUUCAGCUGUGUCUGGACCUCACCACCACAGUUCAACAGAACUGCACUGUUUACGAGAUGGAGGAAAAGAUCCUGGAUGUUUCCAAGGUUCUGAACAGCAUCUGUGACCAGACCAUGAGAACAACCUCUGACCCUCUGAUGAGCCAAUCAGCAUGCUUGGAUGAAGUUCAGCUCAACAACAUCAAGCCUGGGGAGGGACUGGGUAUGUACAUCAAAUCCACCUAUGAUGGACUUCAUGUCAUCACGGGGACCACAGAGCAUUCCCCGGCAGACAUGACCAGGAAGAUCCAUGGGGGUGAUGAGGUGAUCCAGGUCAACCAGCAGACAGUGGUGGGCUGGCAGCUGAAGAACCUGGUGGGGAAGCUGAGAGAGGACCCUAAAGGUGUAGUCCUGCUGCUGAAGAAGAGACCUACAGGCACCUGCGGGUUCACACCUGCCCCUCUCAAGAACAUGCGCUGGAAACCGCCCAUGGCGCAGAGCACCCCUUCCCUGAACAAAACCCAGUCUCCAGGCUGUUCCACAGACAGCUCCACCAAGGAGAAACCAGCCAUCCUAGACCUGUACAUUCCCCCUCCCCCCUCUGUACCCUACACCCCAAGAUGUGUACCCCUAGAGGGUAAGAUCAGCUCGUACUCGAGCAUCAGUAAGAUCAGCUCGUACUCGAGCAUCAGUAAGAUCAGACCAAAGGGUUCAGAGUCGCCCAACUCCUUCCUGGACCUGGAGAGUCGAAAACGCUUCACCAUCGCAGACUACGAGAAGAUGGGCGUGGCCUACCCCAUCGAGGCCAAUGUAAUUCAGCCCAGGAUGAGGGAACGCAUCAACUCGUCUCGUGGUAAGCCCCGCCCCCUCUCCAUGCCAGUGGACACCUGUCUUGGAGUGGCAGACACCUUUGCUAAGCCCUGGACACAAGGCCGGAAAGGUGAGGAUCUCCUGUACAGAUACCUGAGCAACGAGCGGAUCCCCACCAUUGCUGAGGAGGUCCCAUCAGUGGCGCCGCCCUACAGGCCAGUGGGGGAAAAGCAGCUGGUCCGAGGGGUGGACCACAUCCGGGGCAGCCGCUACUAUGCCAACCAGGACCUCCACAACAGCGCCACCAUCCCCUACCAGGACCAUGACCUGGGCAGCAAAAAGACCCCCGUAGCCCCCGCCUCCAAACGCCCCCCUGCAGAGCCCUCGCUACUGGUCAGUUGGAUCACGCGGCUUAAGCUAUUGACUCACUGAUGAUGCUCUUCCUGUCCGGGGUUUCCUGUUCCUGUCUGUCUCCUCCUCAGUGCCUUUUGUCCUCCGGCUGUUUGCAAUGGGCUCUCCCCUCUCACACUUUCUCCCUGCCUCCCUGCCUCCCCAGCGUUACUACUACUGUACUACUAUACCACCAUGAGUUAGUAGUUAACUCACUGUCUUCUGUUGCAUCACUUCUAACCAAUCCCAGUCCCCUACCAACCAAUCCCAUCUCAGCUGCACAGUCAGAUAAACAUAGGAAUACUCAGUGAGCUGGCUGCCACACCAGCACAUGCAUGCAAACUUGUAUUUGGAGGUAGAGGUUUUACCAAGAGGAAAUGUAUGUCUGUCUGUCUACAAAUGGACAAGUUAUUCAGGUUUUUAGCACAUUUCGGCCUUGUAACUUCACAGGAACAAUUAAAAAAUUUUUUUUUUUUUUUAAAGUUAUAUCACCUUGUUAUCGCUGAGAUAGGCUACUCCCUGCAAAAUUGUUACAUUUUAACUUGCCAAUGGUGUGUUUUUAUUUGAGAAAGAAAAAAGGCUUUUUUUCAGGUUUUGCUGUACUUGUAUUAGCUUUUGGCUGUUUAUUUCAUGUCAUGUCCUUGUUAGCAUUGUUAAACUAUACACUGCCAGUGGUUGCCUCUUUUAAAAGCUAUGCAUAUAGGAACUCUUUUCUGUCCUUUGACAGAUUGAUGUUGCAUUGGCGAGUGACAAAAUACUGUUUCGACGUACCAGUGAUUUUAUUAUCCCUGUGUUCAAAGCCAUGCACUCUUCUCUGUACUGUCCCAUGCCCUGCCUUGUUCUGGAGGCUGUAUACACACUGCUCUGUGAUCACCCUGCUCAAAGGAUGCUCACAGCUGUUUGCCGACAAUUAGCCUUGUGAACAAAGAUGUGUAGGUUAAAUAUGUUUCUGGAGUCACUGGCUAGAAAGUCUUCUGUAAUCAGCACAGAUAUCUCGCUAGGCUACUAUGGAUAGCUUAUAACAAGAGUUAAAACACGAGUUUAACUGACAGUAUUAUUAAAUACCACGAUGUCACAAUGUUUUUUUUUUUUUUUUUUAAAUACAAUUGUACCUUUUUAUCUGCCUUUUGUAACAUUUCGAUAGUAUGUUAUUAAAGGUGCAGUUGAUUCCAGUU